AUGGGCCUCUUCGAACGCAUCCAAGCAAAGAUUGAGCUCUUCCGGCUCGAGCAGCGCUACACCCGCCGCCGUCAUCGCCGCUCCACUUUCGUCUCCAACGCAAUCUACGUCGACGGCGAGUACAUCUACCAGUCGCCCAACACAACCGGCUCGUCGGCCAACACGAGCAGGACCGCCAGCACACAAAACUCUUCCCCGGCAUCAGCAGCGCCAUCGCCCCCUCCAACAAUCGACAGGUUUGAGAACACAUCCUCGGCUGCGAGCAAAGAGCAAAAGAGGUUGAACCGUUGGUCGUCCAUGCCCGGGUUCGGGUCGAGCUCCAAGCCAGACGGCAUGGGCAGUGGGCUGCCGCCCGUCGGGGAGCACGACUGGAGGAAGAGGGUCAGUUUUGACGAGAGGCGGUACUGA